AUAGAUGACAAGUGCCCCAUCUGUUCUGAUAAAGUAUCUGGUUAUCAUUACGGCCUGCAAACCUGCGAAAGUUGCAAAGGAUUUUUCAAAAGGUCAGUUCAGAACAACAAAAAAUAUUCUUGCAUAGAGAAUCAAACAUGUCCUAUAGACAAGACACAAAGGAAAAGAUGUGCUUAUUGCAGAUUUCAAAAAUGCCUUCUUGUUGGCAUGAAACUGGAAGCUGUGAGGCCCGACCGCAUGAGGGGAGGCAGGAACAAAUUUGGUCCCGUGUACAGGAGGGACAGGGCCCUGAGAAGACAG